GAAACAGAGUGUACACAAUUUCGUUGAUGUGUUAUCUCGAUAACUUCAUUUCUGUCCAUCAGUUAUUCUGGUGCUAUGGUUAUAUAGCCAUCCGUUCGUGACGUCAUUAAUAUUAUAGGAAGUUUUAGUAAAUAAAAUACCGUAGUGUUAUAUAUUUAUGAUGACAUAAAAGAAUUUUGCAAAUGAAAUUAGGUUUUGAGAAAUAGUCUAAUACGUAUUACUAUAUAAUCGCACACUAGGUUUGAAAGUGCUUCAUAAUCACAGGUGCUAUUAGACUUUAAGGUAUAAAACACGGAGUUUAAACAUUUUGAUUGUCAGUUUUCAUCUGCAGUAGUCGUUUCAGAACGUUACAGUGGACACUAAUUUCAUUUGUUGUUUGACUUUGGAGUUGCCUAAGGAAAUGUUUAUCAUAGAAUCGGUUAGUAAAUUAGUUUAGAUAUUUAGACAUUUUAGGCAUUUGAUUUAUCAAGCAUAUUCAUGGCGGGCAACGUUUAAAAUGUGUAAAUAACGCUUAAAUACACUUUAUGUACUUAAGACGCUUACGAAACAGCUCAAAAUUACGUUUUAUAACAAAUAUAACUGUUUUUAUAUAGCCGCAUUGUACUGUUCUAAACCGGAAGUUACCUGCACAGACUUCCGGCUGGAAAGUAAUGAUCUUCUUCUGUCUGCAAUAAAAAGUGUCUGAUCUAAACCGAAGAGCUCUGAACACACAAAUCCAAGACAAUAAUUUAUAGUGGAUGAAGUUUUUGCCAUGGUUCUGUUUCCUAGGCAACCGUGAUUGUUUAUUGAGUAGUGGAACUUAACCUUCAAGAUACCAUGUCUUCGAUCGUUUUGUGCAGCCUUGGCAACAAUAAUGCCACCAACGACACCAACAAUAACCAAGAGGAAGAGGAAAGCUUCCCUAUCCCAACACUAUAUCGUUACAGAGCCCCUAUUGCAAGUCUUGACUGUAUGGAGGAGUUCCAGAGUACAAAUGAACACCUGACCCAAGGCACGCCACAAACCAAAGAACAACUCCUGCAGAAUUUGGCCCAACAGACACCUCUCACAGCACCGAACCACGGUCCUCUUGUUUCACGACAGUCAUCCGUCACGCCUGGCUUGAGGUACAGGAACCUUGGAAAGAGCGGCCUCAGGGUGUCCAAUGUUGGUCUUGGGACGUGGGUGACUUUCGGGAGUGGAGUGAAGGAGGAACAAGCAGAAGAAGUGAUUCAGCUGGCGUACGACAGUGGAAUCAACGUGUUCGACCUUUCUGAAGCUUACAGCGGCGUUCGUGCGGAGAUGGAGUUAGGGCGCAUUCUACAACGACGCGGCUGGAAACGGAGUUCUUACAUUGUCUCGACCAAGAUCUACUGGAACACGAAAUCUGACGAACGAGGUCUCUCCCGGAAACACGUCAUCGAGUCAGUACGAGCGUCAUUGGCCCGGCUUCAACUUGGCUACAUCGAUGUAGUAAUUGUUUACAAGGCAGACCCCAUGUGUCCAAUGGAAGAGGUGGUGAGGGCUAUGAACCACGUGAUCAGCCACGGCUGGGCCAUGUACUGGGGCACAGCGCGGUGGACGCCUGUCGAGAUAAUGGAGGCUUAUACCAACUGUAGACAAUUCAACUGUGUGACUCCCAUCUCAGAGCAGUCAGAGUACCACAUGUUCUGCCGAGAGAAGACAGAGUUGUACAUGCCAGAACUUUACAACAAGAUCGGUGUGGGUCUGAUGGCGUGGUCCCCACUAACCAUGGGCCUCGUCUCGGGGAAGUUAGAUGAUGGAGGCCUUCCUUUAAUCUCUCGGUCGUCUAUCAAGAACAAAUACUCUUCAUACAGCUGGACUGAGGAUGAAACACAAUCCUCCAAUAAAGAGGGCUACGCGUGGCUAAAGGAAAGGCUGCAGCCCGAGGAGACGAAGCGGCAACACGAGAAGCUCCGUGAGAUCUCGCAAAUGGCAGACAAGCUUGGCUGCACAGUGUCUCAACUUGCCAUUGCGUGGUGCCUCAAGAAUGAGAGCGUUCAGUGCCUACUCUUGGGCGCCACAUCCGUUGAGCAGCUCUACGAGAGCAUACAAAGCCUGCAGCUCGUUCCCAAGCUGAAUACCAACACGAUGAACGAAUUGGAAAGGAUCCUGGACAACAAACCCAUUCGUCCACCUAUGGUAUCAACCCUGGCACUUAGAUGACAAUCAAUGUGCCCCCCUGGAGGUGGACCAAUGGGGGGCAAUGGGGCUGCAGGUGAGACUUCCCCAAAAGAAGAUUCGAUCCAAGAAGAGAACCGGGAACAGAAGUUGCCAUUCUGCACGAUCCAGUGACAGGAGGAGAAAUCCUGCAGCCCUGCGGGAAGUCACGUCAAACCCACACCAGUAUAAGAGCAGUGAGCAAAGAAGCAACUUUGUACUUUACAUGAAAAUGAUUUACUAUUUUUAGUAGCACCUUAUUUUUAACAUACAAUUACAUUUCAUUUUACAAUAUCUACACACUUUUCUUCACAAAGUACUUUACUAAGAUACUUUUCUUAAAAAAACAUCUGUAGUAAACUACUUAUUUGUGAAAAGACGUAAAGCCUGGUUUCAGCCAGUGCUGUUGGACAUUGAACUUCAUUCUGUUUUGGUUGAAUAAUAUCCUUAUAUAAAAUUAAGAACCUAUUGGUAGGAUCCAGUGAUAGUGGAGGACAUGAACAGUGUAUAUACGUAUAAUAGCUAUAGGGCAAAAUUAUUAAGCUUUCGACAGAUGCUUGGACAUAUAAGAAGCCUGAAUUAACCUAUUUCCAAUUUCAGGGUUAAGGGAAACAUUUUCAUAAUCUAGAUCAGUAUCAGAAACAACUUUCACAAGUGAAAGACAAACUUGAAGGAAAUUUGAAUGUUUUGAAGUGAAAAUUAUGAAUAUUUAAACAUUAAAAUAAAGGAAACAAAUAGAAUAUGCUAAAUAUGAACAAUUAGCAGGUAUAUGCUACAAAAUUAUCAACAUACAUUAGAGAAUUAAAUAGAUUUUAUGAAGAUAUAUAUAUAUAUAUAUCUGCAAUAAACUGCUAUGUAUAGAUUUUUAACACUGUGUAAACUGUAGUAUAUAUACAGAACUCUACAUGUAUACUUCCGCCUCAUUACUGAAUGUUUUUUGUUUAUGUUGCAUAUUUGUUUUCCAUUCAUAAUUAACUUCAUGAAUGUAUAAGGUGAAGCUUUCGUGGCGACUGAAGUAGAUGAAAGACUCACAGGUUACAAGCCACGUCAGAUGGCUGAAUGGU